AUGUCUAAAUUUGCCAAUAUCUUCGAAAUAAACUUCUUUUUGCAACUUCAGCGAAGUUAUUCUCAAUAUUAUGGCUCUACCAAGCCAGAAAAUAUAAAUAGCAAUGCUACUAUCAUAAAAACUGGUAAUUAUUACAUACAUCAUGCAAUAUUUUCUUUCCACAAUCAAAAAACGGCAAUUCAACUUGGUUCCGGCAGCAAAGUCUUAAUCGAAAAGUGCACAUUUUACAAUAACAGCUCCACAAAAAAAGGCGGUUCAUUCUAUAUCCAGUAUUCUGACAGUGUAUUAGUUCAUGUUUGUUGUUUUCUUUCAUCAAGUAGUGAAUACGGAUGUGCGUAUAACAUCGAAUUAUUAUCUAGAAGUAGCUCCAAAAGCUAUGCAUUAGAAUGUUCAGUUUCAGAAUGUACUGGAAAAGGUAACUCUAUUGAUCAAUGGAAUGGAUAUAUCCAAGUAAUUAAUAUGAAUACUUCUUAUAACAUAGCUACUGAACAUGCUGCAUAUUUAUUAUCAGCUCCAACAGGAACAGGAAUUAUUAAUUUCACAACAGCAUCAAAUUCAUCAUCUAUAGAACGAGGUGUAAUGUACAAUGCACAAAGUCCAUUUACAAUUACAAAAUGUAAUUUUAUAAAAAAUGAAUGUACAGGAAAUGAAAAGCCAAUAAUUAUUUGUACUGACUCUGUUAAAUAUUCAAAUUGUUCAUUCAUAGGAAAUAAAGGGUACUAUUUAUUUGGACAAAAACCAACUAUAGAUAAUUGCUACUUUAAUAAUAAUGAAGUCACUAAAUUUGUACAAAAUGCUGAUGAUACUUUUGAUUCAAUUGAACCAUUUGAUUCAUCUCUAUCUCAUUAUGCAGUGGAAGGGUGUCCUUUAAAAUAUGAAGAUAAAAUUGAUACCAAUGAUAAACAUGAAGAAGACCAAAUUGAUUUUGACAUCAAUAACGCAGUUAAAAAAGUUUAUAAAUCCUCACUUGUUGAGGCAAUAAGUUUAUAUCCUGUAAAAAAAUAA